GGCCCGGUCUGUGUCCACCGAUCCCAGGCCUCCCAGGCACAGUCUGGCGGGCCAUGGCGAGCGCUGGCCGCACGGCCCUGCAAGGCGCGGAGGAGGGCGCGUUUCUCUACUUCGCCUACGGCAGCAACCUGCUGCGCCAGCGGAUCCACCUGCGGAACCCCUCGGCCCAGUUCUGCUGCGUGGCCCGCCUGCAGGAUUAUAAGCUUGAUUUUGGCAAUGCUCAAGGCAAAACCAGUGAAACUUGGCAUGGAGGUAUAGCUACCAUUUUUGAAAGUCCUGGCGAUGAAGUUUGGGGAGUAGUAUGGAAAAUGAACAAAAGCAAUUUAAGUUCUCUGGAUAAGCAAGAAGGCGUUGAAAGUGGAACCUAUGUUGUAAUAGAAGUGAAUGUUCACACCCAGGAAGGCAAAGAAAUCAACUGCCGGAGUUAUCAGAUGAAAAAUUAUGAGAGUGCGCCCCCCUCACCCCAGUAUAAACAGGUCAUUUGCAUGGGUGCAAAAGAGAAUGGUUUGCCACUGGAAUAUCAAAAGAAGUUAAAUGCAAUAGAACCCAAUAAGUAUCGAGGAAAGCUCUCGGAUGAAAUUGAAGACAUUAUCAAAAGGGACGAAACAAGAACUCAUUAGAACAUCAUGAAAUAAGGCCAAGGGCAUUUUCUCUGUGUGCUAAUCUAAAUCAUUUGUAGUGUUUAGAGCAGAUCUGAAAUGCCUGCUUACUGUAUUUUCAAUAAUGGGCUGAAAAGAUGUCUCAUUUGGGCAUUUCAAAUGAUAAAAAGAAACAAGGUUAGGACUUAGACCAUGAAACAUCAGAAGGGGGUUGGUGAAUGGAUCUGGGUACUCCUUCUUGGAACAAUUCAAAGCUAUUUUCUUGAGUAGAUUGAAGUAUAAUCUUGCUCUGUGAUAAGGGAUAGAUUUGCAGUUUUACUGAUGAUGCUAGGGAGUUUCCCUGCUCUGUACUUUUUGCUUUUUUUUGGUGGGGUCUUAGGGCCACAUCUAGUGAUGCUCAGUGGUUUUGCACUCAGAAAUCACUCCUGGCAGGCUCAGGGGAUAAUAUGGGAUACCUGGGAUAGAAUGUGGGUCAGCCACAUGCA